AUGAAAGCUCAAGAUGACAAAAUGAUUCAAACAUUACCAUGGAAUAGUGAAGGUAACACAUCUCAAAGAAGUUCUGUCAGUUCACUAGCACCAGAGCACUUCUCUGUAGAGCAGCUCAAUAAACUUGAGAGCAGAUUUACACAUCAAAAGUGGCCAGAUAGAGAAGGGCUUAUUAUCAUUGCUAUGGAAUGUAACUUGCUAGUUGAAGAUGUGGAGGUAUGUCAAGUUCUGCAUCUGUUUAACUCUCUCAUUUUCCUCACUUAAUAGUCCAAAUCACACCAAUUUUCAUAGAAUCAUAGCACUAUUAAUAAUACUUUGGAUACUUCAGAAGCACAGACACUCAACUAUGCCCCUUUGGAGUUUUUAACAUGAACCUUUGACUGUCCCUGUCUAGCCAGCUUUUCUCAUGGAAUAAAUUCAAGAGCCCUCACAGAAAGCCAUUACAUUAUUCAACAAGACGCAGAUUAAAAAAAAAAAAAAAACACGGAUACAGCUCACUUUAUCGUACCACAGUAUUGUAAAACUACUGUUCAACAAGGUUUGAACAAGACAUACAGCUGUACUUCAAACUUUUAUAGGGAUUAUUGCCUCAAACAUAACUCCAUGGAAGAGCACACCAAAAAGAGUGCUCACUAAAAAUAAUAAAAAGUAAUCUCUGAAAACAGUCAUGCACUGUCACAAGGAUUUCAUUCAAAGAGUGGCAGAACCACACUGCUCAAUAACAAUAAACAUGCACUUGUACAUGUAGCUUCUAACUUUAAAUAAGCUUUUGAAUAAAUUAAUUUUUCCUUUGUCACCAAUAUUUUACAUUUUGUGGGAGACAAACCAUUUGCUUUAUGAGUCAUUUUAAUAACAUUACAAGCCGUAAUUAUUUGGAAAUAUGUCCACCUGUAUGUUAAAGUUUUGCUGAAGGCCUCUACUUUAAUACUUUGACAUUUUUAAUCAGUUUACCUCAGGCAUUCUGUCAAUAUCACUUCCUUUAGAUUUAUGCCAGUAUACUUACAGGUGAUCGAAUGUUUUUUCUCCACAUAAACUUUCUAAUAACUGAUGAUACCUAGUGAUAUUUGGUGACCACACUAAAAAUGUGCUCCCAAGAGCUCUUAAAUGUGAUCAUAACAUUACAUAACAUAAAACCUUUAUUUUGACAUGACAAAAGUUAAAGCUAAAAAGGUUGUGGGGUCAUGAUCGGAAAGCAUCUAGUUUUUCCUCACAGUAUCAUCGACUGAUCCUUAGAAAGAUCAAACAAAAUAAUAGGGAAUGAUCACCAACCUCUUGAUAUUUUGAAAAUAGUUAUAUUAACCUGACAACACUCCAGAAAUUAAGGUUGAUACACAACUGAAAUUUUCCUCACUGACAAAAAGAAAAUAAUUGUACAAUGAACUGGAUGAUCAGGGGUAAAGACAGAAAAUUCAUGUUUUCAGUUUACUCUUCAUAGCAAAAAAUUAAUUUUAAAGUACAAAAAAAUAGCAGAAGGACUAUUUACCCUCUAGCUUUAAUUGGUUUCAUGUCAGAUGUUCUAUUGUUUACAUUUGUCAACAGCUUUGGUUUCGCACCAGAAGGGAAAAAUGGUUACAACGAGUGACGGAUGCUAUUACUUUGGCAAAAGAUGCACUAACAGAACACUCUUCAAAUAACUUAAAUUAA